UAUCAUUUACCUCGUCUUCUCCGUCAGCUGUUUAUACAGUAACCGCUAACAUUAUCUAACAUUUCAUAUAAAAAAACAUUUAAAUAAAGCACCAGAAUAUCAUCACAUUCAGCAUUUAACUGGUUGUAAAGUAUCUGAAAGCACAGAAGGAUCAGUGGAUAUAUGAGCAGUUGGAGUGACGUUUGAACUUUAACGGCCGUUAGUGAGUGUGAUGCAGCGGAGCUAAUAAUAAAACACUUACAGACUACACAAACAUUACACAAACAGGUUAACAAUGGGGAUCAAGGCAGCCCUUCCCAAGAUUGAGCUGUACAUCUACUCAGCUGUUCUCGGUCUUGCACUCUUAUGGGCAGGCAGCUGGAUCAUUGACGCCUCAAGUGAGAAUGUAAACAGGAAAGCAUUUAGGGAGAGUGUGAAACCAGGAUGGCAUUAUUUUGGCAGAAGAAUGGAUGUUUCAGAUUUUGAAUGGGUUAUGUGGUUUACCACUUUCCGUAACCAUAUCCUGUUUGCCCUCUCCGGUCAUGUGAUCUUUGCAAAGAUCUGCUCAAUGCUGUCUCCAAAGAUUGGUAUAGAUGGAUGCAAGCACAGAUCAUUGAUCUAUAUGCUGUAUGGAUUUCUGGCUGUCCUGAUUACUACGGGAUGGACAUACGUCUCUCUCAUCCUGUCUCACUGCAUCAUCCUCUACAGCGUUGCGCUCAUGAAGAGGAAGUGGCUCUGUUUUGUGGCUGGACUUACCAGCCUGGCGACUAUCAAGAUGGAACCCUUUAACACCUGGCAGGAAGGGUUUGUGACAGGCUCCUUUGAUCUACAAGAUGUCUUGUUCUAUGGAGGUUGUGGAUUCUCUAUUAUGCGCUGUAUGAGUUUUGCAUUAGAGAGCUGUGAGAAGAAAGAUGGUAACUACACGUUCAUGGAUCUGAUCAAGUACAACUUCUACCUCCCAUUCUUCUUCUUUGGACCUGUCAUGACUUUUGAUCGAUUCCAUGAGCAGGCUAACAACCCUAACUUGACUCGUAAAGAACGAGAGAUGUGGAACAUCACCAUUCAUGCUUUGGUGCAACUUGGGGCAAUUUUGGUGGUGGAUGUCUUCUUCCAUUACUUGUACAUAUUGACCAUCCCUAGCGAUAUGAAGCUUGUGAAGCAGCUGUCUGACUGGUCUUUGGCUGGUUUGGCAUACUCUAAUCUAGUGUAUGACUGGGUGAAAGCAGCGGUCAUGUUUGGUGUCAUUAACACCGUAUCCAGACUGGACCAUCUGGACCCUCCUCAGCCCCCAAAAUGCAUCACAAUGCUCUAUGUCUUUGCUGAAACGCACUUUGACAGAGGAAUCAAUGACUGGCUAUGCAAAUAUGUCUACGAUUAUAUCGGAGAAAACCAUGAUGCCAUCUUGAAGGAGCUUCUGGCGACCAUCUGCACAUUUGCUGUCACAACGCUGUGGCUCGGACCUUGUGAACUGGUUUACAUUUGGUCUUUCUUUAACUGCUUUGGGUUGAACUUAGAACUGUGGGUCGCUAAGCUUUUCUCUUUGCCUCCAUUCUCCACCAUUGAGAAUAAUCUUAUGUCUGAAGCAAUGUCACGUCGAAUCAGGGGUUUGUUCAAUUCUGUCAACUUCUGGCAAAUCGUCCUGUAUAAUGUCCUGGCACUGAACAGUCUGGAUUUUGCUCAGCUGGUUGCAAAGAGAUUGCUGCUUAAAGGCUUUCCUGUGUCCACUCUCAUCGUGCUGUUUGUGACUUACUGUGGCGUUCAGCUAAUAAAGGAGAGAGAGAGAAAGCAAGCUCUGCUGGAUGAACCAGAACCAGUGCCCACCCCAGAGCCGGGCAAACAGAAAGCCGAGUAAAGGACAGAGAGGUUACUGAAUCUGAUCCAACUCUUGAGGUCUCUCUUGUUAAUUCUGCCACUGAGCGUUCAUGCCAGACCGCUGCAGUCCCGUCACUAUGGUCACUGCUUUGCACAAAUCUGUUUUAAAAACAUUAAAUCUUUUUAACUGUGAAUAGUUCUUAAGUGCACUUGCUGUAUCCUAAUGCAACCUGUAAUACAGACAAACCUGUAUUUUUUAUUUAUAUUUUAAGUGGAUAUUUAAAGGAUGGGCUUGACAAAUAUUUUAUGAAUAAAUAAUAUAUUGAACAAUAAAGAGAAAAUGUGAAAUGUU